CUUAUGAUCACGUGAUGCACAGCGGAAGCCUCCAAUCAGCGUACAGUUGUGUCGCUGCGGCUAACAUCGACCCCGGGAGAUCCUUGAGUUUCCCAACAUGAGUAGCUCAGAGGAAGUGUCGUGGAUUUCUUGGUUUUGUGGUCUACGGGGAAAUGAAUUCUUCUGUGAGGUAGAUGAGGACUAUAUUCAGGACAAGUUUAAUCUUACAGGUCUCAAUGAGCAAGUUCCCCAUUACAGACAAGCUCUGGACAUGAUCCUCGAUCUGGAACCUGAUGAGGAGCUGGAGGAUAACCCUAACCAGAGUGACCUGAUUGAGCAGGCUGCUGAGAUGCUCUAUGGGCUGAUUCAUGCUCGCUAUAUCCUCACUAACCGUGGCAUCGCCCAGAUGCUGGAGAAAUAUCAGCAGGGAGACUUUGGCUACUGUCCUCGUGUUUACUGUGAGAAUCAGCCAAUGCUGCCUAUUGGCCUCUCUGACAUUCCAGGCGAGGCCAUGGUGAAGCUCUACUGCCCCAAGUGUAUGGAUGUGUACACACCGAAGUCAUCCAGGCACCAUCACACUGACGGAGCUUACUUUGGCACCGGCUUCCCUCACAUGCUCUUCAUGGUGCAUCCCGAGUACCGGCCAAAGAGGCCUGCCAAUCAGUUUGUGCCCAGGCUUUAUGGUUUCAAGAUUCACCCAAUGGCUUACCAGCUCCAGCUGCAGGCAGCCUCCAGCUUCAAGAGUCCCGUCAAAGCCAUCCGCUAAACACCUGAGCUGGGAUGGGGUGGGAUAUGGGGUGGGUUGUGUGUCCGUCAGCAAGGGCUCACUCUUCUCCUGCAAUUUUGAUUCGACCGAGACCAACAUUUAAAUCUGGAGAGAGUGAGACUAUAAAACACUCUGGGGAGAAACUAAAACCUUACCUCUGAAACACUGUACAGAAAAUGAGGUGUUCCUUGUAAAAAAAACAAACUACUUUCAGUUCUUAACCUCCACAUAGAAAAUAAAGAUCUACUUAAAGAUAGAUAACUGUAGGAUGGCUCUGCUCGCUCUCUGGUUACUGUUUGUUUUAGUUUGCUAAUGCUAACAUAUAAAACAGUCUUGAAUUGAUGUCUUGUCAGUUCUCGGUGUGGUGGAUGGUUGGCUUUGAAUGUAAACGUAGGGUUGAUUGGUCAUCAAAACCCCAUUUAAAUCAGCUCAAUCCCCUUCUCUGAUAUUGGCUUAUUGAAAUAAAAAGGAAGGCUGUUGCAUGAUAUAGGCAGUAUGUUUUGGGUUUAAGUGAUGUCGCUGGGAUUGUCUUUGACUGUUUUUUGUUGACAGACUGCAAGCUUUCACCGCAUGCGUAAGAAAAGAGCAGAAAUGGGAAGACAAGUGUUAUCAGGAAACGCCAUCUUAAUUCGACAUGUUUUUGUUUUAAUAUUUGGUCCUGCACUCUUCAGACUGACGCCAACCUGCUGCGUUCCUCCAGUGUCCAGAUUCUUCAGACUAAUUUGAUUAGAUUGACCACAGUUAGGACGUUUUUUAUGUUUGGUAUGGGCCCAGGUUUUUCUUCUCUUGUUUAAAGUAUUUCUUCUGGUAGAGAAGAGUCAGAGUAGAAAAUAUCAUAUGGGUUUGACUGCAUUUCUUUUGUGUGUGUAAUUUCUUUUCUUUGAUCCUGUUGAAUGUUUUUUUUCCUUUACAGCUAUUGAGGAACCAGGGUUCAGAAUUCACAAUAAAUGUCUUUUCCUACAA